AGCCUGUGAUUCCUAUUGUUAUAAUUCAUGCACAAAUUGCCUUCGCUGUGUUGCCUGACCAGUCAGACAGUGUGAUGGCAGUCACAUGACCCGGUUCUGAUUAACAUAGUGGUGAUGGCACUCUGGGCCCAGGUGAUCUCACUGCUUUUAUAUUGGUAACUAUGCCUCGCUGGCGUACAUUGAUUACAACAGCCAGUACUGGGGAGAUGGAUAAACUUGAAGAGGAAGGACCACAAGGGAAAAUGAGGAGAGAUGUUUACCUGCACACAACUGAAAGGUGAAAAGUGUGAGACACCGAUAAGACCUACGGCACACAAAGGAAGCCUGUGUUUUUUUCUCCACUGUUGGCUGAUAUAUAUGUACAGCGUUUGCUACAUUUGUACACAGUGAUCAAUAGCCUGGCUGUGGAAAUCCAUUAAUUUUCUUCUUAACCUGGCAAGUACGCUCUGUUUAUUAUUAGGUCAUAUCCUGAUACGUUUGAUAACAUUGCAGAUGUAAACAACUGCCUAAUUCAAAAUAUUCAUUACGACUGAAGAUUAAUUUUGUUCCAAUUUUUGCCGUUUGUUUUUCGGGAGUGAAGCAAGCCUCAGACUGAAAAAGACAGUUGAUACACCAGUGUUAGUUUUGUUGUUGGUCAGAGUCGUGUUCUCGUUUUAGGAGGAAAAACAAAAUUGCUAUAUAGAGAAUAUGCCUACCCAGAUGAGAUUAUUUAUAGCCCUGUGUAUUCAAUGAAAGCCGACAUGCCGACAGACUUGGCCAGUAAGAGAGAAACACGUGGUUGUGAACACAUGUGUGUAUCUAUCUACUACUACUACAUAUGACUUGAACAGACCUGCGCAUAUGUCAUGAUUGAUAACAAAAGUGCAGGCAGAUUACGUUGUACGCACCUGGUGUAUUUUCACUGAGCUUCAGUCAUCACAAACAAAGGCUAAUUAAAAUUGCCAGCAACUGGCAUUGAUUUUUUCCUGGGUUUGGCUCUUUAAAGCAGAUGUAUGUGAGUGCUGAUCACAAAGCCUUUGUUAUUGCAGUGGUUCUUUGUGAGUGUGUGUGUGUAAUCCCACUGAUAGAACAGCCAUAGUACUUCAGCUUUCUCAUGUGUAACACCAACAAAGGUUACCAGGGAACAGGAGAUUUUUACCAGCUACACACCACCAGCAUUCCCCCAUUCGGUGACCCUGUUUACGGGUAGAUGGAUGCAUGUGAUUAUUUUCCACACAACUGACGAAAAUUCACUAAGCCAGUAUUUGGAGAUCUAGCUGUUACCUGGGUUUUUUUUAAUAUUCAACCUUUCAACACAGUUUUGCUCAACAGUUGAUUAAUGUUUCAUUCAGGAGAAAGUUUUGUAUGAAAAAGUUAAUCAGUCCAGGUUGCAUCAUUUUGUUCUUUUUGUAUAUGCUAGCAACAUGUAAAUUUCUGGGCUUGGGGUGUGAGUAAAAAGCCACAUUUGGCCUAUUUAAAAGUUUACUGACUACUCAUGCACAACUAGUUGUGUUGUAAAACUGGGAGAAAAAGGCCACUGUUAAUUUUGUUAGAUGUGUUAAAAAUAAGACAACUGUCACACUUGCUGGCCAUUGCUUAGAUGAGAAUGUGUUUAAUGAGGACUGCUGGCAGUGAGUGGAAGGUUGACUCAAGGAUUUAAGCUAUCAGCUGAGAAAGUGGUCUUUAUUCCUAGUUAAACACCAACCUGUCACAGUACAUGUUUCACAUUGAGAUGACUAUUAGCCGGUACUCCAAAUAGUUCUAUUUUAUUUGCUGAUUAGAAAAUCAAUCAAGGUCUGGGGUCAUUUAACAGUUCAUGCUAUUACUUAUUGCCCCAGGAAGUAAAAUCUCUAAUUGGUCUAGGUGAAAAUGGCAAGCUUUUUAUGAGUUGUGUAUUCCAUAAUUUUGUGUUGAAAGACCCGUACACAUUUUAAUGCUCACAAUUUUAUUUCGUCUUAGUAAUUUUGACUGUUGAGAAAAAAAAACAUGGGGAAGUUGAAUGAUGGAAAAGCUCCAGUCAAGCGAGAGACUGUAAGUGCUAGUGCAAAUCUCGAGGUAGUUAGUGAAGAGAAAUUUGCGAAGCGUCUCGAAGGCCUAGGCAGUAGUUCGUGUAUCAAUUGUCAGAAGGAAAGGACAAAAGGUCAAGGUCAUCGCCGUCAGAACCAAAAGGGGAAGCACAAGCAAGUGAAGACAAACUCUCCGAUUGUCAUUCAUCUGAAAGACACUCUGAAGGCUGCCUUGCAACAGAGACAGAGGAGUGUGGAGGAUGACUCGGAGACCUCCAUUCGGUCGGCCGACAGUGAGAUGUCGCACGAUGAACAGCUCCCAUCGCUGUCGAAAUACUCACAUCGCGACUUUCACAGAGAGACCUGCCGGGGAUACCGUGAUAUCAGACGGCGCCAAAACAAAUCUAAGAAAAAAGACAAGAAUCUAAAUGCUUUGAUAUCUGUUAUUGAAAAAGCUCAUCUCAAAGAUUCCAGACAUUUAGAAUAUAACCUGGCCGGCUUCAACUGCCAGCUUGGAACCAAAAUGCUCAAUAAUGCAACUCACUCUGUUGAGAUAGAAGGUGCUAAACGGCGUAGUAUUGUCGAGUGUGACAACGUUGAUCUCAUCUGUAAUGAUUUGUAUAGCAGUGUCAAGCAGCCCGAAGACACUGAAAGCGACAAGUCCUCUGUAACAUCCAGUUCUGAAAGUCUCUCCAUCUCAGAUUCUGAUGGAAUUCCAGCAGAUGACUCGCCACCUUUCGAGCUCACUACGGAGGAACUGAACAAACUGGCCGAUUACACAACUGGUAUUCCCUUCAUUCGGUAUGAUUGUCCGCCAUCAGAGUGCCCUGAAUGCAUCAAUGCUGCUUGGUAUUCAUACCAGUAUUAUCCAUUCCAAGACUACAGCAUUAUUACCGAAAAGAAAUCCACAAGUCGUCCACACGGUGGAGCGCCCGCAGACGCGACAUUGUCACUUGCUGAAUCUGAUGAUGACACAGACAGUGUCAGUACGACAUCAGAAGUCGUCGGUGCGUCAGGCAUGCCAGAGUCUGAGAAGACAGAAGUUGAUUGUGGUAGUGAUGAAGAAAUCGAAAUCGAAACAAACACUUGUAGAAAUAGGUAUGUCAAGCCACAUCGCCAGCUGUGGGACAUUGACAUAUCACAACGAAAAAGCAAGAGUGGAAAUGACCAGUCAUUUCCAGAUAGUGUGUACAUCAACCUGACUGGAACGGACAUUUCCCUGAGUGUCUUCUACUAUCACGAUGCAUCAACGUUUCGUAAAGACAGCUAUGCAAGUCCCUCGUCGUGGUACCCAAUGGCUUCAUCGUACUCUCCGUAUUACUACUGUCCUUCAUACUAUCAUCAUUCUCCUCUGUACACACACCACCACUCGCCAUCAUUCCCUCUUAAUGUGGACAUGUCACUGCCAAAAACUGCCAUGGUGCCACCAAGACAACUGAAGAAAUUCAACGCUUCACAGCCUCCUCAGAGACAGUGGAUCUCUACCAGGCAACCUGAUAGAACUAGAUCUGCCGCCAUUUUUACAGUAAUGUGUUACAACGUGCUGUGUGAUAAAUACUGCACGAGACAGCAAUACGGGUAUUGUCCAUCGUGGGCCCUCAACUGGGAGUACAGGAAGAAGGGAAUCAUGGAGGAAAUCCGAAACUACAAUGCAGACAUCAUCAGCUUGCAGGAGGUGGAAACAGAUCAAUUCUACAACUUGUUUCUACCAGAACUCAAAGCUGAUGGCUAUGAUGGAAUAUUCUCGCCCAAGUCACGCGCACGGACCAUGUCAGAACAAGAGCGCAAGCAUGUGGAUGGUUGUGCAAUCUUUUUCAGAAUGAAUAAAUUCUCACUUAUCAAAGAACACUUGAUCGAGUUCAACCAGAUUGCCAUGGCGAAUGCCGAGGGCUCUGAUGACAUGUUGAACCGGGUGAUGACCAAAGACAACAUUGGUCUGGCAGCUAUUCUAGAGACCAAAGAAGCCAUCUAUGAGAAUGGUCCACCUCCUCCCGACAAGGGUUCCCAGAAGAUCCUGGUGGCGACCGCUCAUAUCCACUGGGACCCGGAGUUCAGCGAUGUGAAGCUCAUCCAGACGAUGAUGUUGAUGUGGGAGUUGCGCCAGUUCAUCGAGGAGUUCUCCGGUCAGAAGAUGCGUCCCGGCGAGAGUCCCAACAUGCCCGUGUUGCUGUGCGGAGAUCUCAACUCACUUCCAGACUCAGGUGUUGUGGAGUACCUGACGUCGGGAAAGGUGGCAGCUAACCACGGUGACUUCAAGGAGAUGUGCUAUGAGGCGUGUCUCAAGAAGAUAAACCACGCCAACGAGAAGGAGUUCUUCAACCACAAUUUUAAACUUGCCCGUGCCUACAAUGAUGUGAUGCCCUACACAAACUACACGUACGACUUCAAGGGAAUCAUUGAUUACAUUUUCUAUUCACGUGACUAUGUAAAGAUUUUGGGGAUGCUAGGUCCACACGAUGAGGAGUGGUUCCGACAGAACAAAGUGAUUGGCUGUCCUCACCCCCACAUGCCGUCUGACCAUUUUUCAUUGUUCAUCGAGCUGGAGAUGUUGUACCAGUCGUCCAACAGCACUCGACCGAGCCUCACUUCUUCCACUGCUGCCAACACCCAGGCCUCCACCGCCACCACGGUCACGACCAGUAAACCAAGAUAGUGCCAUACAGACACUCCACAGGGGGCUACUGGUCUCACUGACAUUACAAACUUCAUAGAUUAGAACAUAUCAGAUGUGUCCACAUGUAACGUGUACAGAGAAAUUCAUCACAAGCAAUUUAUUACGGAACAUGAUUCAUUUGUGUAUAUAAGUAUUCCAUUGUUUUCAAACUAUUUGCCAUCCCAUUUGCAUUAUGUUAUCACAAAAUGGGAAAAAGGGUGGGAUAAAAAAUUUAUAUUUAUAUACGAAGCACUGCCGUCAUUGCAGAAUCUUAAACAUAUUUCACCCAGAUAUUGUAGGAUUUAGGUAUCAUUUUUGGUUUUUCUCAUUCUGGAAUUUUUUUUUUUUUUUUUGAUGUACAUUCAAUGUCAAUGGUGCUGACGAAAUAGGUUAUUUGGUUGCAAAGUGUGACCAAUUUCUCUGUGCACAGCUGUAAUUUAUCCAUGUUAUUUCUGUGUGUGAAUGUAGUGAUAAUUUCUUUUGAAGGAACAAAUCUUUUUUAUCAGUCACUUGGUGGACUUCCUAACGAUGUCUGCAUGUGUUCUUCUCAUUGUUCACAUGAUUAUCAUUGUUCACAUGAUUUAUUCCUCGUGGACUGCAGAAUAGGUUUAUGUCGAAAGUGUAGAAAGCAGAAUGAUAUUUUGUAAUGAUUUAUAACAUUUGAUGUAGGCUUGAGAUGGAUACUCGGGUCGUGUGACAUUAUGUUGUUGUCAGAGAUGAUUUUCAUGGCACUCUUAUCUGCCUUCUGCAGACGUUCUUAUUUAUAUACAAGAUGAGUGUACAAUUGAUUCCCAUUUUCUGUCUGAUUAUUAAGUCUUGUGGAAGACUGUGCUCCAUCAGUGAUGGUGUGUAUUUUUCCAUGAUGUGAUAGCUAUAAAAGAUAAAUAGCAAGCUAUGUAAAAUAACAUUGUUUGUGAAACCAGUAAUAGACUUGUUGCCAAAAACACUUUAAAAAAAAAGUAUAACCUGUCACACACAUCUGCAGUCACCUGAAUAUAAUAUCUAUAUGAUCUUGUAAAAUAUAAAAUACAGAUGUUAGCAUAUCUACUGCGACCUGAAAUUUUCUAAAGUCAAAAAAUUAACUGUUAAAAGAUAUUGUGAUUUUUAAUCUUUUAAAAACAACAAAAACAACUAAUGUCACUAAUUUUGAGCAGUUAACCUCCAAAGUAACUAUGAAUAUACGAGUAUAAAAGCUAACCCUCAGAUAUUAAUUUUUCAGUAGUUAUUAAAUUAUUAAUUCAAGGUACAAAAAAAACAAAAACAAGUGUUAUGUGACCUUGACAUCUGACAUGUUCAUUUUGCAAGUGACAAGUAAUUUUUCUGUUUUUAAAUUGUGACAAAUAAAAUUAUUUAAAGAUUGGGGUUGUGGGGUUAAAAAAAUAUUUUUUCAAAUGUUAAUAAUGACAUGGAAUUCCAGAAGAGUGGUAACAUGGUGCCUACACAUCUUGACUUUGUGAAAUUCCAGAAUUAACCAACAAGCAAGUUUAAGCGGUUACAUGUUUAACAUUUCUAAUACACAUUUCUUAGUCUUUCUUAUUUUAUAAUCAGUAUAUUCUAAAAACAAAAAUGAAGUAAAAAGUGAAGAUAUUUAUGUUGAAAUUAAUACACAUUUUUUGUCUUUCUUAUUUUAUAAUCAGUAUAUUCUAAAAACAAAAAUGAAGUAAAAAGAGAACAUAUUUACGCUGAAAUUAGCAACAAAACAAUAAAAAUAAAAAUGAAAUUAUUUUGUGUGAAAUGACUCAAUUUUAGACUACUCGGAGCAACUUUUGAUGGUUUAUAAGUGAAUUUGAAGGGUUUAUAUUCACCUUCAAAUGAUUUGUCUUAACUGUAUAUUAUAAAGAUACCAUACUAGUUUUAUGUUUGUAAUAUAAUCUCUACAUCAGAAUAUGUAUGUUUAUUUCUUACAUUUGGUUAAUAGGUGGUUGUUGUGUGUGGAUUGGGGUGGAGGUGGGUGUGUGUCGUUUUUUUUUGUUCUGAUUGCGGAGGUGUAUUUUUCAUCCACAUCAAGCACAUUUUUAAUACAAUUUUCAUAACAUGUAGCAGAAAUGUUGAAUAUUUUUAAACACAUUAAUUUAAAACAUUUAUAAAUUAACAGUUUAAAAAUAUAUCAUUAUAUAUAUACAACUAUUAUUGUAGACAACUGGUUUUCAGACAAAAAAAAUGUUUAAUUCAAAAAGCUGUCCCUGUUAUUUUUGUUACUAUCCCACACAUUUUGUAUUCAGCAUCAAGCUUUGUAAGAAAUGUAAGGUUUCGUGGUUAAGUCAUUAAAAUUCAUUUCUGAAAGCAAGAAUAGUAAUACAGAAGAGGAGUGAAUGUUUAUUUUCUUGUGUUGCAGCAAUGUAAAUGUUUAUUCUGUUGUAUUGCAGCAAGGUAAAUGUUUAUUCUGUUGUAUUGCAGCAAGGUAAAUGUUUAUUCUGUUGUGUUGCAGCAAGGUAAAUGUUUAUUCUGUUGUAAUACAGCAUGGUAAAGUUUGAUUAUUUCUUAGGUAAGGUUAGUGAAGCCCACAUUGUCCGAGUUAACAAGUAUUUUAGCGACAAACAUCAUCAUCACCCCAGCAGCAUUAUCUGGUAUUUCACAAGCUAACACUAUCAGGAAUAUGAUCUCAGUUUGUACAUAAUGCUUUUACCAGGCUUUGUGUGCAAUACAUCAUAUAUUAACAGUAUUGUCAGAGCUUAAGCUUAAAACUGGUUUAAAUGGCAAGUUUAAACUCACGUAAUCAUCUUCAUUCUUUUUGUAUAUAACAUUCGGCAUAACUAAGUAGUGGAGAAUGUAUGAGAAAGUGUGGACUCGUUAAAAAUAAUUCAUGGGUGUCCAUAGGAGCAAUUUAAUUAUUUUUCAUGAAUCCACACUUUGAAGUGCAUUCUCCAAUUUAAUUCAUUAUUCAUUAAAUUUUUAACGUGACUGCCUAAUUAACGUUUAUAUAAUUUUUAAUGAAAAUAUUGAUUAACAUGGUACGAAGUAGUUACAAAACCAAUAAUCCAUCCUUUUGAAUCUAACUUGAAUGAGAUGUGGCCAGUAAUUGGUAAUUUUCUAUUUAGUUUUAUCAUGACAAUCUUUGUUGUUUUCUAUCUGAAGACAUUACUUUCCCUGCUAUGUAAUAAUGUUUAGAAGGCUUAAAUUACAUGUUCAUUCAAUGAUGCAAAUGCGUGGCCUUGUAAGCUGAAGUGCUGUACUUGUUUACAAGGUACUAGUUCUCAGUUGUGGCUUCCAAUCCCUGACAUUGGCGCAAAAAAAGAGUUCAAAUUGCAUUGUUUCACAGUUGUAGAUUCUUAAUAACAAUCAACAACUUUAGAACAAUUAUGCAAUGUCACAGGUAUGGCUUAACUAAAGGGACACAACUCUUAAGUGGGCAAUAGUAAACAAGUUCCAUUUUGUCAUGGGAACAAAAUCAUUGGGAUCAAACAUGAUUGUUUUGUGCUAUUUGAUCUGAUUUUGUACACUUAAACAUCAAACUGAUCAGAUACCCACCCAUCCAUCCAGUCCGACAGACUGAUUGUUGUAUAGAAAAUAUUCUAUGCAGAAAGUUUAGUUGAGUGUUGUGAAAAAUUAGGACUUGUCAUUAUUGUAAAUAAAUAGCAUAUACGAGUUGGAAGUCGAGUAUUGAUCCAGCUGUUCGCGUGUAAGAAAUGUACCGCUGUAAUGAUUUGUAUUCAACAAUGUCGUGGCUUAUGGUUUUGUUUUGAGGAGGAAUAUGAGAAUCAUGUGUUUUACAGUGAUUAAAACAUUUAUAUUUUUGCUUAUGAUAAUUUUUGAACUGGCUUUCUUAAAGUAUAUUUCUAUAAUAAACUUAAGAAUUUUAAAAUCUUCUACAGACUUUGGUAAUUGUCAGCUGUUUGUUUCCACCAAGCCACAUGCUAAAAAAGUAAUCUUAGGUAUUUAAAUUUAGAAUUUUUCUUACUUACAAUGAAAUUGAAAAGAACUUUCUUUUUUCUAGGUCAAUGGAUUAAGCACUUGUUGUUUGAUUAAAUUAUGUUUAGUAUAUUCUAAGUGCUGAAAUUAUAUUAAAAUUGAGAUUUUUGUAUCGGUUUGAUAUAUAUAGAUGUUUUUAUCCUAAUUUAUUUGAAUUUCAUUUUAACACAAUACCAAGCAACUCUUAUUUCAUUUUGUUGCUAGUGGUAAGGACAUUUGUGAUAACUUUUCAAAUAUGUAUACAGGCUCUACAUAAUACACUGUAUUAUAAAUAUGCCUGUAUGAUUUUUAGCAUUUUGUUAUUGUAUUGAAAAUAAUGGUAAAUCCGUUUAGGAUAAGAUUUGUGUCUGUUUUGAUAGUAGUUUAAAUGUAUUUUGACCUUUCUUUUAAAUAUGUUUUGCACUAUGUUGUAUUAUUGUUCGGUUCCUGCAUCUUCUGACCAAAUGUGCAUUAUUCAUAGAAUGCACAGAAAUUUAUGGCUUUCUAAAACAGUAACGGUUUGCAAUAUAUUCAGUAUUAGUGUCAUGUUUUUGGUUUUGUAGUGUGUGACCAUUUUGAUUUUCACUCAUUUCAAUAAUAAUGCUCCUUGAAUAGCUUAUAAAGGUUUUGAUUAGAUAGCAUGAAGGAAAAUGCAGUCGAGAGUUCCAAGAUUGAAAUCUGUCAAGAAAAUAUUUGUGUGUAACUUGAUUUCUUGAUCUACCACCAAAGGUUACUUGAAUCAGGGUGACAAUUCAUGCAUUGUUUAAUACUCUCCAUCGGAUUAAUAAAAUUUGUUACGGUAUAGCUUUGAAUAAGAUAAGAUAUUAUAUUAAUAUUUUGAUUGCUUUUAACAUUUUAGUCCACUGCAGUCACAGCAUCAUUGAGAAAAGAGAAUUUUUUUUAACUGUACUUCCUAAGAUAUUUUCCAAGAGGUUUUAAUUUCAGUUUGGUAUGUGGACGAGUUGAUGUUAGUGUUUUAUGUUGUAUUUACUGUGGGAAAGGUUAGCGAUUGUUAGUACUGCUAGACUAGUUAGGUUUUCUUAUUUCAAACUGAUGUCAAAUGAAAGCGUUCAGAUAACGUUUUGAAAACGGCUAAUUGACAGAUUAUAUCUGAAUGGGUUGGUGGUUUUUUUACUUACGCGGAUUAAAAGCUACACUUCUGUAAGGCAAACUCUCUGUCAGAAUUUCAGGGGUUUGUUUUAGGGUUUAUUAGUUUCAUAAUUAGAGAAUUGUACUGUACAACUAAAUAGUUAUGCUCAGUGAAUCACUAGUCGAUCAAUUAGGAAUUAAAUUUCUGUAUUGGACACCACAUAAUUUUAAUACAGAAAUACAUGUGGCUUAACUUUCUGUUCAAUACAGACAAAAUCUAGUUAAUGCAUAGAAGUGUCCACGAAAGUAUUGCUGUGUGGAAACUGGCAAGAUUAUGUUGUUUACAUUAUUGUUCACUCUGGUAGAAAUUUGCUGAAUUCAUGUUCAUGAAUACGGUACUUCAAAAAUAAAUAUAAUGAUGUAAACUUUUCAUUCCUGUUUCAUAAAAUAUUUAGGAAGUGUUUAAAUAAAAAGAUAGUCGAAAGUAAAGUCAGGUCUUUGUUAGAUAGAUUUAAAUCUGCAAUACAUCCUUAUAAAUGCUAGCAGUAAUAUGUGUUGAUUUAAAUCAUUUAAUGUCUAGACUCAGUCUUUAAUAACUUUUUAAGACUUUAACAUCAUGGCAAUGUCCAAUAAACUGCAUACAUUUGAGUCAAGACUAUAUGCAUAGACUAGGUGUCCUUGAUUAAAGGAAUUCGUCGUCCUAAUACUGUAGAGCCAGCAUGUUUCAGCCAUGAUUAGUUUGAUGGGUUUUUGUUGUUUUUUCUGCUUGCUUGGUAAUUGGGCCACCUUUAUGAAUUGUUUCUCUCACUGAAUGUUUUAUUGGGGAAAUUGAAAAACUUUUUUUUUUUUUUUUUUUUUGUGGAUUUGAGAAUAAUAUAGCAUGUCAUUACCAGUUGUAUGCAGGUAGUGUCCUUACACUGACCAGUCCAGCAGGUUCUCUCUCAUUCAGUCAUGUUUUAUUUUAUACCAAUUGGCAGCCAACUUUGAUCAGGGUAUUGAAAUGUGAUUGUUAAUAUGGUUUUUAUCAUUGUAAAACUACACUUUGAGAGACCGUACAUUUAUCAUCGUCCUGUCAGCAAUAUAUUGUUUAAUAUUACAAAAACGUUGUGAAUAAAGAAAAUCAAACAAUAUGUUUAUUUUUGUAGCUUGCCAAUUAAAAGUCCGAUUGUAAUAUCACAUUGUCAGUAUAGUUUUUACUUCGUAAUUCUGGUGAAGUUUUGUUUUCACCAUGUACAUAUUUGUAAGAAUGUGACUCCGACUAGGAAUGUAUCUGGUUCUUCAACUCAUUUUAAACAUUUCAGAAAUUACCUUUGUAGAGUGCCCCAAGUUUUGGAAUAAAAUUUAUAUUUGUGCUGCUAUUCAUUUACACAUUUAAAUAGCAGCAAUGAGUUUCUAAAUACUCACAUAAAGUUACAUUAUGCAACACAAACUUGUCAAAUUCUAUUGUUUUAUUUUGUUCCUGCAUUUAUAAAGCUGUUUUACUUGGGGUAUCAGUUAUUCUUUGUCUAUUUUACUCCGUAUUUUUGGGGGUCAUUUUACUAAAUUUCUUUUAGCAUCUGGAUAUUUUGUAAAGAACAAGACAAGGAUUAUAAAUAUCUUUGUAUAUAUAUGUAUACAAAGAAAAUAUUUAAAUCUGCAUUAACUGCUUUAUUUGUAACAUUUUUUAUUAAGUUUACAAUUACUGAAAUAUAUUUAAUAUGAUAUUUGAAUAAUGUGUUGCAUACGUGUGAUUCAUAUUUUAAUAUUUGAAUGGAAGAUAAUUUUCGGUUUUAAAGAGAAAGUGUAUACAUUUGGUUGGUUCAUUUCUAUAAAAACUAAAUGUUUACACAUUUUAACACUUAAAUUGGGGCAUCCAGCAGAUGUAAUUUCUAACCAUGCAUUAUUUAUCUAUUUGGAAAUUUGUUUAGCUUCACUAAUAUGACAUUGUUUUCAAAGCUGGGUCACAGAAAUAAAUUCUGUUAUUAAAACAAAAUGGCACAGUUUGAUAUCUUUUUACUACUUGUCUUUUAAAACAAAAAACAAUUACAGAUGUUUUAUUGAUGUUUUGUUAUUGAUAAAUAAGCAACGAAAAGUAUAUGUGGUUUAGUGUGAGGACCAGUUUGUGUUGACUCAGGAAACAUUGCAAGCAUAUGCAGCUAACAGGCAUAGGUUCAGAAUGAAGAACAGUUUAGACAACAUUUGGACAUUUUGUAUUUUAAAAUGAACAUAGAACAAGUAGGGUUUUUUAGAAUUAUUUUGUAUAAUGGUUUAAUAUUCAUUAUCUGUGAAGUCAUUUCACAUUCCCUCUUUGUACUCGAUACUCCUUUUGGCAUUUAGACUAAUUUGUAUAUUUUGUGUCAUUUCCUAAAAAGUCUAAUAAAUUGUGGAACAGUGA